AACACUGUACAACAUGCAGUGAGCUGACAGUAGGAAAGUGAUCAACUCCCAAAAACACGAUACUUAUUAUAGUUAUAUGGAUUUUAGACUGAUAGGAGCCAAAUUUUUACGUAACCUAUUCCACACAAUUAAUUUUCUACGAACUAUUGUUUACAAAUUGAAGUAAUUUAGGUACCGGUAUUGUUCGGAUAUGGCUGGCAAUUAUGUAGUGCCAGCCCCAAGGCUAUUAUCGCACAGCAAUUACCUCCAGCAUGACCAUUCAUUAGACCCAUGGGUUUCCAAAAUACAGGCAAUGUUUGAUUCUUGGAAGAAAUCAAAUCAUUUAUCUAGCUUAUUGUUUCAAUUUUUCGAAAGCUCUCAGAACCCGUAUUAUUCGGCUCUAUAUUUGAUGGCAUUUUCACCAGAUCUGAAAUUGGCAAAGCCCACUACUCUGGCAUUCAUCGCUAUAGAAGAGUUCAGUAGGUGGCUGAAUGUUUCUCACGGUCGACCAGAUCCACAACUGUUGAACCCUCAUCUGAAGAGGUUCGCAUUCGUACAUGUCACAAGUCAGAAGAACUUGGCACUGAUUAAGUUGGUUUUUAAGCUUUACAAACUAAUUGACAAUAAGGACGAUUUUGUACCUGACAUCAAGGACAUGCUUAGGAAAAAGAUGUACAAAGAAGCAUCCCAAGUUGUUAUGUUGUUGGAGCUCCAAGAUAAUUUUGCUGUUGAAGAUUUUUUAGUACCACUAGUUUUUCAAGAUGUUAUAGGUAUUGUUGAAGACUAUAUGGAUGCUACUCCUAACGUUAGGACAGCUUUAAUAGGAUAUUUGGACGGCAUAGUUGUAUCUGAUAACCCAUCUAAUGACCGAACCACCAUUAUCCACAAUCUUGAUAUACCUGAUGUAAAGUACGAGAAGCUUCACUAUAAACCAUUGAGCAAGUUCAUGGUUAGACUUAUGAAAAAGUACAACCUGCCAUCGACCUGUUGCCCCAACCUCACAAACAAGAAAAGUAGGGGCGCCUUGCAGUUCAUCAUCACCAGAAAAUAUAGAGACAAGAGCAUUGGCAAUGAAAGCUGGCGUGAAAUGAUAUUGGAAACGGUGGGAAACGACAAAGAGCUGCAUAUAGAGUUGAUACAAUCUCUGUGCACCGUCGACGAUCUGAAAGAGGCCAUGCAUUGGGCUCAAUACUUCAGUAUACCAUUCGAGGAACUACCCGACUAUUUAAAGAGAUCUAUUGACGAAAAGAACGGAAAAUUGUUGGAUGGCAGCGACGAAUCCAACCAAAAUGUCGAAGAGGAGGAUUGGGAAAAGGACACUCUUGUGAGCACCCAGCAUUACGAGUUACCACUGUCAUCUGACAACAUUGUCAUGAUAGAUACACUUGAGAAACUGGAGCAGUUGAGUGAGUUUGGGUUGAGCGAUGACCUGACAACGGUUGGAUUGGAUGCCGAAUGGAAGCCGGCGUUCUCGCACAACCCUUCAGUCCUGUCGCUGCUGCAAAUCGCCACCAAGGAUCGAGUUUUCCUAAUCGAUAUUUUAUCUAUCGACAAGAGCAGCAGUGUUUGGCAUCGGUUCGGCUCAGCCUUGUUCGCCAAUCAGAAUAUUCUCAAGUUGGGUUUCAGCUUCGAGAGUGACAUCCAUAUGUUGAAGGAAAACAUCAAAGUUUUCGAAAACCUUAAAAUGACUGGUCUGGGAUUCCUAGACUUGGCUUCGCUGUGGAAUACGCUUACCAAAGAUUGGUCAAUCAAUCUACCUUAUGCAGUGCCAACAUCUUCAACCAAGAAUGCAGCCAGCUUGUCCCAUCUGGUGCAUCUUUGUUGUGGAUAUCCCCUCGAUAAGGCUGAUCAAUUCUCCAAUUGGGAGAAAAGACCUUUGAGAGAUUCUCAAAAAAAGUAUGCAGCCAGUGACGCUUACUGUCUCCUCUUAGUAUAUGACACAUUAAAGGAAUGCAGUCUUCGGCAAAAAAUACCCUUUGACGAUGUCUGUGAUGAAUUGAUGACUAAAGUUACCGUCAAAAAGACUGUGAAUAAGAAGAAGACCAAGCAUCAUGUGGAAAAGCAGAUGCCUCCGAAGCCGAACAGUGAGCCAGUGGGUGUUGGGUGGAUGUACGCGAUGUGCGUCUCCCACCUGGAAGGCCUUGGCAAGAAGCUGAGGAUGUUGGGCAUUGACACGGACAUCAUCCCUCCCGGUCAGAUCUACGAGGAAUCCCUGCAUCUGGCUCGCUCUGAGAAUCGCAUUGUCCUAGCCUCUGGAUCCCUUUUCAAUCGGUUCUUCAAUGAUUUGCCUCCAACAUUUUGUUACAAGGUUAAUGAUAGAGUAUCCACAGAAGACCAGGUUACUGAAGUUCUAGAAUAUUAUAACAUCGCCGUCAAAGAGACGGAUAUUUUCAGCCGGUGUAUGGUGUGUAACUGCAACGAGUUCGCCCGUGUCGAGUCGCAUACCAUGAAAGAGAUGAUAGUGGAGGCGACGAGACAGGCAACUGCGCAGCCGCACUACGAAGCAGUGACGUCACCAGAGCCGCCACGCUUCCAUGUGGACGACCUGUGUAGUAGCUACGAUGUGGACUAUGAGGAGGAAGAGGAGGAGGAUGACUUCCAGCCGGGUCCUCCUGUGCAUAAGAUGCACCACUACCAGCCAAAACCAGGAGAGAUCGUUCAACUGGGUUCGUGCAAAACUACCAAGGGUGCCGACAUACAGUUGGCCGAAAUCCCAGUCGGAGUGUUGGACAAAGUGUCGCUUUUCAACAUCUGUGAGAAUUGCGGCAAGUGCUACUGGGAUGGUAGUCACUUGAGCCGAGUGUUGCAGAGUAGCAAUCACAGAUUCAUCGCCAACAUCGUUUGAACAUUUCAACUCUUCAUAUAUAUUUUUAUUUAAGGAAUAAAUUUAUGUACGCUUAA